CGCCGCCGCCGCCGCCUCCUCUUCGCCUCAGCCUGGCGUUUUGUUCCGAGAGACUCGAGAGGCGAGCGAAGCUGACAGUGAUUUUGACAGUGAUUUAAACCCGCUUUUGUUGUUGUUGGCUUUUCGUUGUUUGGUUUUGUGUGUUGUGCGUGUGUGUGGCGGUUUUUCCCCGUGGUGCAUUUUUUUUUUAUUGUUGUGCUUUUUUUUUCCCUCUCUCUCUCUCUUUUUUUUUCUUUUUUUUUUUUAAGAACCCCGUGAACGUUUUUUUACCCCCAUCCUCGGGGGCUUCCGAAUAUGUUUUAUGACGGUUGAUUUUACACCAGGAGGUUUGUCUCCGAGGAAGACGCAGGAAACUGGAUAUCUAGCGAGAACUUCCUUCGGAUUCCCCGGCGCCUCGGGAAAAUGGGAGCCGCUGCAAAGUUGGCGUUUGCCGUCUUUCUUAUCUCUUGUUCUUCAGGUGCUAUACUUGGUAGAUCAGAAACUCAGGAGUGUCUUUUCUUUAAUGCUAAUUGGGAAAGAGACAGAACCAAUCAAACUGGUGUUGAACCCUGUUAUGGUGACAAAGAUAAACGGCGACAUUGUUUUGCUACCUGGAAGAAUAUUUCUGGUUCCAUUGAAAUAGUGAAACAAGGUUGUUGGCUGGAUGAUAUCAACUGCUAUGACAGGACUGAUUGUAUAGAAAAAAAAGACAGUCCUGAAGUCUACUUUUGUUGCUGUGAGGGCAAUAUGUGUAAUGAAAAAUUUUCUUAUUUUCCGGAGAUGGAAGUCACACAGCCCACUUCAAAUCCAGUUGCACCUAAACCACCCUAUUACAACAUUCUGCUUUAUUCCUUGGUGCCACUUAUGUUAAUUGCGGGGAUUGUCAUAUGUGCAUUUUGGGUAUACAGGCAUCACAAGAUGGCCUACCCUCCUGUACUUGUUCCAACUCAAGACCCAGGACCACCCCCACCUUCUCCAUUACUAGGUUUGAAGCCACUGCAAUUAUUAGAAGUGAAAGCAAGGGGAAGAUUUGGUUGUGUUUGGAAAGCCCAGUUGCUCAAUGAAUAUGUUGCCGUUAAAAUAUUCCCAAUACAGGAUAAACAGUCAUGGCAAAAUGAAUAUGAAGUCUAUAGUUUACCUGGAAUGAAGCAUGAAAACAUAUUACAGUUCAUCGGUGCAGAAAAACGAGGCACCAGUGUUGAUGUGGACCUUUGGCUAAUAACAGCAUUUCAUGAAAAGGGCUCACUGUCAGACUUUCUUAAGGCUAAUGUGGUCUCUUGGAAUGAACUGUGUCAUAUUGCAGAAACCAUGGCUAGAGGGUUGGCAUAUUUACAUGAGGAUAUACCUGGCCUCAAAGAUGGCCACAAACCCGCAAUAUCUCACAGGGACAUCAAAAGUAAAAAUGUGCUGUUGAAAAACAAUCUGACGGCUUGCAUUGCUGACUUUGGGUUGGCAUUAAAAUUUGAGGCUGGCAAGUCUGCAGGUGACACCCACGGACAGGUUGGUACCCGAAGGUAUAUGGCUCCAGAGGUAUUAGAAGGUGCUAUAAACUUCCAAAGGGAUGCAUUUUUGAGGAUAGAUAUGUACGCCAUGGGAUUAGUCCUGUGGGAACUGGCUUCUCGCUGUACUGCUGCAGAUGGACCUGUAGAUGAGUACAUGUUGCCAUUUGAGGAGGAAAUUGGCCAGCAUCCAUCUCUUGAAGAUAUGCAGGAAGUUGUUGUACAUAAAAAAAAGAGGCCUGUUUUAAGAGAUUAUUGGCAGAAACAUGCUGGAAUGGCGAUGCUCUGUGAAACGAUAGAAGAAUGUUGGGAUCAUGAUGCAGAAGCCAGGUUAUCAGCAGGAUGUGUAGGUGAAAGAAUUACCCAGAUGCAGAGACUCACAAAUAUCAUUACUACAGAGGACAUUGUAACAGUGGUCACGAUGGUGACAAAUGUUGACUUUCCUCCCAAAGAAUCUAGUCUAUGAUGGUUGCAUCAUCUGUACACACUGAGCAAUGGGACUCUGAACUGGAGCUGCUAAGCUAACAAACUGCUUACAGUUUUAUUUUCUGUGUGAAAUGAGUAGGAUGCCUCCUGGAAAUAUAAGAAAGCAGCCCCUUGUUGAAAAAUGUGGCUCUGGGAGACUACUGCAUUGCCUGUAGCACAGACGUGAAGGCCAUGAGGCUAAGAGAAAAAUUGCAAACUCUAUAAAGAAACUUUUGAGAAAAUGUACAUGAAGAAUGUGGCCCUCUCCAAAUCAAGGAUCUUUUGGACCUGGCUAAUCAAGUGUUGAAAACUGACAUCAGAUUUCUUAAUGUCUGUCAGAAGACACUAAUUCCUUAAAUGAACUACUGCUAUUUUUUUUUAAAUCAAAACUUUUCAUUUCAGAUUUUAAAAAGGGUAACUUGUUUUUAUUGCAUUUGCUGUUGUUGUUUCUAUAAAUGACUAUUGUAAUGCCAAUAUGACACAGCUUGUGAAUGUUUAGUGUGCUGCUGUUCUGUGUACAUAAACAAAGUCAUCAAAGUGGGGUACAGUAAAGAGGCUUCCAAGCAUUACUUUAACCUCCCUCUCAACAAGGUAUACCUCAGUUCCACGGUUGCUAAAUUAUAAAAUUGAAAACACUAACAAAAUUUGAAUAAUAAAUCGAUCCAUGUUUUGUAACAAGGUAUCACAAAUUCACUGUGUUAUUUAAGAAAAAAAAAAAGUAAGCUGUGCUUAGUGCCAAUAGUAAGUGGCCAUUCGUAAAACAGUGUUUUAGCUUUUCUUGUGCUGGCUUGUAACUUAGGGAAAAGUGUUUUUUGAAAUGAAAAAAAUGGUGUCAUUUUCCCCUUACCGUAUUUUAAAGCUUCAUCUUAUAUCCAUAUCCCAAAAUAUUGCAUUCAUACCUAAGUAUUUUUUUUUAAAGGUGUGCUGUGUUUGGGGAAUGAGUAUUUGAAAAAUUUAAAGCAUGAUUUAAAUUUUUUUAAAUGAGCUGUGACACUGGAAAGCUCUUUUUAUCUUUUCAAAGUCUUUUGUUUUUUCCUAUUUAUAUAUGUAAAACUGUAGUGUUUUUCUUUUCACCAAAACAGUGUGUGGGAUAUUUUUUAUCACUGUCUUAGGACCACCUCAGGAAGUGUCAUUACCCAGAAUUCCUCACUCUCUGCUUUGAGACUUGUAACUUUUAUCACUUCUGCUUGGUGCCAUCUUGUCAGAGUAAUAUUUGACGUCUGUGAUAUGUAAAGAAUUAUCUUAGGACAGAGAUAUUAAUUAACUUUAAGCACAGAUUUCAGAUGUUACUGCUUUAAAACCAAUCAGGGAUAACAAAGUUAUAACUUAAAAAUAUGCAAUGACAUUUAGAGGUAACCAGUGUUGAUGUAACAUAGCUUAGCCUCCUCCCCCAAAUUGCUUUUACAACUAACUUGGAUAUUAAUUUAGGAUAGUUCAUGCCUUAUCCUUGCUAAGAAAAUGGAAUUGAUGGUAGGUAGGUGCCAAAGUGCUUUUUCAAACAAUACUGUAUUGGAGUAUAAUUGGAUGCUUCUUAAAACUUACUUAUAUAGGCCAAAGUAAAACAUUAAUUUCCUGAAUUUCUAGAUUACUAGCCAAGAAAUAGCCAGGAUUAUGCUAUACUUUUUGUCAGAUCAUUUUGAAAUCCAUACAUAAACUUUAAAAACAGAUUUUUUUACAUGUCACCAUCAGGAGCUUACUGUGAAUACAUUAUCUUCAAAUGGUUAUUUAACCACACAGUACACUACAUUUUACAUGUAAAAUGCACUUAAUCUCUGGGAAGAAUAAAUUAUUAUUUAUACACAAAACAUAGGCCAACAGACUCUAAACAGGGAGGAAAAGGAGAGUAAUAGCAUUCUUGUCUGUGUGCCACAUCCCAUACAGAUCUGUUUAUGUUUUUAUAUCGUGUGUGUACCCAAGGUCUCACUGUAUUCCUAAGAAUUCCCAUUUCAGUGUUUACCAUUUCAAAAAGUACUUGGCCCCUCUCAAAUUCUUGACUUAUAUUUUCUUCCAUCUGGAAACUAAACAAGGAGAAAAUAUGGAAAAUGUGCAAUCAAGAAAACAGUUAAAGACAGAUUUCUACCUGUUGUAAGCAUUUAACCCUUUUAAAACUUAAAAAAAAGGGAUAAUAUGAAUGUGGCUUAUGAGAAUACUAGAGAUAAAUUUUAUAAGACCAGUUAUUCACAAUAUAAAACAUUUUGUCUUCAUGUUACAUUUUUUUAAAAACAAAUUCUGGGUAUUGUACUUAAGUCUAACCAAUUUUAAAACUUGUAUCCUUCUGAAAAUAUAUAUUUAGAAAAUCUUUCUUUUUAUAAGCAGUAAAGAAAGAAUGUUCCAGUGACUGCUUGUCCUGAUACAUAAUCUUACUAAAACUUUCUUUUUGCAGGGCAUUGGUUUAUAAUCAGUGUAGAGGGGGCAAGUUAAAAUUUAAGCUAGGGAUACUGGAAAAAAGAUCAAAGGAUGAAAAAAUGGUGAUUUAUUUGGGGGCAAACUAAGACCCCCCCCCCACACACCCCAAUAACUUUUCCUCGUGUGUAUGGUGCUCCUCAUGAUGUCUUGUUCUUUGCCUUUCUGAUACCUAUCAGAAGUGCUGCUCUCACUCACUUUUCACCUUACCCAGAUUUCCCUUGUAAGAAAUCCUUUAUGAUUAACUGCCAUAGGACUGAUGGAUUAACCAGUGUUUGGCUUUAUUUGAAGUCUAGGCCCUGCAGAGAUCUUGUAUGUAUUUUAGAUGCUAGGAAGUUUUUAGCAUGUGAUAUGUGAUUCCUGUUUGGAUGUUUUUAUUACAGGUACCUUGUGAAUUCCAGAAAAGAGACUGUGCCUCACAAGUGUUGGUCCCAUGACCUUGCACUAUCUUUCAUGGUGACCUUUUGAAAAUACAAUCAGGAAAAACACCAACACCUUUGGAAUUUAGGAAUAGAAUCAUAAUCACGAAAUUAAAGAGACUCUUUUGCCCCUUUCCUUGCCCCUGACCAACAACUACAUUUAAGUAAAAUGUAGAUGGUUUGGAAAAACUGGUCAGAUGGUAGUUUAGUGGAAUAAACUGAUUACUGUUUUUUAAAAAAUGCUUCAUCAUAGAUAUUUUCCAGUUUGUCUUUUUUACUUUUUGAAAAAUUACUUUUUAGGAACAUUUGGUAUAAUGUGCAUAAAAUAAUUUAAAAUUUUUGGGCAAAAUGAUACAAGUAGCAUCUUGAUUGAACAUCAUUUACCUCAGAUAUUCAACCAGCAGUACGUUUUUUAUGCAGUCUCAACCCAUAUCCCUAUUUGUUACCUCUCAAAAUAUCGGUGAGCAAUUAUUUUAGCUUUACUCUGUAUUUCUUGUCAGUGUUUCGGGCACAGGUUGUUGUACUACUGUCAAAUCAUACUUGCUAUUUUUUUCUGCAAGUAUUUAUUUAACAGAAAGUUAAAAACAACAUACACGCAAACCCUCCUCCCCCAGUAAAACCCCAUCUUGGUUAAGUGAUUGUUAAAUAUUGUAAAAAUAAAAUGUAUGCUAUCCCCAUUCAAUCCCCAAGUUAAAUAAAAAAGUGAAUAUGGUA